GUUGUGUCAACUAAAAAAGUUAUGUUUACGAAAGCGAAUGGCGGCUGACGAGAAUUUUGAAGUUGCUAAUAGAUUUAAAUGAACAAUUACAACUUUUGUAUUAUAUGGUUAAUUUUAUUGUUAUUAGUGUUUAGUGAUGGGUAAUUGUGUCGGUUUGUUUAGACGGCGCAAAAUGCGUCGUCAUAUUGUUUUAAUUCUAAUCGGGUUAGACAACGCGGGUAAAACAAAAACUGUUAAUAAUUUAGCUGGCGAAAAGGACGAUAAAGUUUUACCCACGGUCGGUUUUAAGGCUGUGAAUUUAAUUCAUAAAGAUACACCAGUAACUAUAUAUGAUUUGGGUGGCGGGCCGCAAUUUAGACAAAUAUGGUCUCAAUAUUACAGCGAAGUGCAUGGUGUUAUAUUUGUGAUCGAUUCAAGUGAUUUUUCACGGUUGGACGAAUGUAAAUCUGUCCUAGAAGAGGUUUUAUCGCACGACAAAAUAUCUGGUAAACCUGUCUUAGUUUUGGCAAAUAAGCAAGAUAAAAGAGGUGCUCUGGACGACAUAGACGUGGUGGAAAAGCUGAAUAUAGAACCUUUAGUUAAUAGGUACAGAUGUCCAACGUUAGUUGAAUCGUACAGCGCAAGUCCGUACGAUUCAAAGUCGAACAAAAUUAAAAUCGAUCCAGGACUUCGAAAAGGCUACCAAUGGCUGUUAAACUAUAUCGUUCGACGUUACGGCGAUAUAAACUUGCGCGUGCAAACUGAUAUACACGCUGAAUUGGAGCGACGUAAGCGAAUGUUGAACCGCGCGUCGAACCGAGCUUCACAAACGUUCACAGCCAUUAGCGACGACAUCGCUACCCAAACAGGUUUCGAAAACCCCAAUUUUGAAAUGCAAAAAUCUGAAACCGAACAAGAGAAGAAUUUAGACGCUGGCUUAAUAAUUGUUAAACCUAUUCGGAAACCUAAUAGUAUUGACUCGACCAUUACAAUUGAAAGUGUCGAGGAAUCCGACAGUAGUGGGGUUAGGCCGAAGCUGUCCCCACUUUUCGGUAGAGCGAGUAAUACGUCAACUUCGGAGACUGUGAAGAUUGAAUUGGAGCCAAGGAGCGAGUUUAGGAAGUUAUCUCCUAUAGUGAGAAAUAAAAGUGGAGUGAAUCACAUUGAUUUUAAGCAUAGACCCCAAUCAAGUCCAACACACAAUAGAAAAAAGACGUCUCAAUCAAGCCAAAAUUCCUCGUUCCAAGAAACGAAAAACACUUUAUUCGAAAAGAAUCGCUCAUUGUUACCGGAUCUGAAACACCGGGUCUUGAUCAACGACGUCGAACUAUCUCAAAUGCAUCGCGAGAUUGUCUUGACGGAACGUGAGCAUUUAAACAAAACCGCGUCAUCCGACAUAGUGCCGACCGCGGCGACCUUGCCGCUCGCAGCGCGACCCGCGUCCGCGUCGCAGCUCGUCAGACGCCAGCUGGAGCUGUGUGGGCAUAAACGGAGACUGAGCUUGCGUUACAUGCAGCGUAAUAAAACAAGCCCUGAACGCACGUCAAUGUUGAUAUACGAACCAACGAAAGUCCAGCGAAGCCUCGACAAAGGGGACUUUGAACAAUCCGCAGCCAUCAAUUAAAUAGUACCAAUUAAAUUGUUGAUUUACUAUCAAUAGGGUGGGGAUUACUGUUCAAAUUAUUUUAACAAGUAAAAUUUGUUAUAUAUUUGUUAGUACGAAUUGGGAUAAAAUUACUUGUGUUACCGACCAAGUGUUUGCACAUUUUUCGGUUUAUUCAAAUUAAACUCGAGUCAAUUUUAUCAACGAUUUUUUUAUCCUUUAUAUACUUAGUGUAGGAAAUUUUGUACGUAUUUUAUUUUUCUAUUCAGCCAAUUCAAACGACAUCCAUUGUUUUCUUUUGUAAUACGUACAUAUCAAAUUAUGCCCUUAUGGGAUGGAGAUGUACAACAUGCAAACCUACAAACCCGCUGCAAAUCAGCAUUACGGAGAAAACUCCAACCUUCCAACCGUGGGACGUUUUGGGGUUGUUAUUUAUAUAUUAUUAUAUUAAUAGUAAUAUCUCAUAAUAAAACAAAUGAAGAUAAAAAUGGAUGAAGGUGUUGUGUCGCUUUUUGUUAACUUUUUGAACUUUACGUCACCAUACACAUGUUGGUACCAUCAGCUCGCGUGUUUUAUAACUCUCGAGAGCUGAAAGUAAUGGACGAACGAACUUUGUACACGAAUCGACUGUUCAACACUAAAUUGCAAAUUAAUUAAAAUCAUAUUUUGGUUUCACGACACACUCAUUCACUUUUGUAUCAAUAAGGCUAUACCGUAAGUAAGAACAAUCUCGAGACACGCUACAGAAAUUGAUGGUGAAAUGUCAGAAACCGAUAUGUGACAUUGACCAUAAUAACAUAACAAGAUGUUUUGUUAUGUGUUUCCAGCAUUUCAUACGUGAGUAAUGAAGUGAGUUCUUACAGAAUAGCAUGGAAAAUAAUAGUUGAUGUACAGCUUAUUCAAUGUCUACUGUUAAAUGUUGCUCGUAAUAUACAUGAAAUCUAGUUUAUGGUUUAGUACAAUGUUGAACGGAUUGAACAGAAAUCCCAAUUACAUAUUUGAUUAAUUCAAUCAUAAACAGUCGUUAAUCAAGAUUGAAUUAAUCAAAUGUGACGCUUAUAAUGUUUUGUUGGAUAAAUAUCUUUCUUAAUUUGAUUGGCAUUAAUAUAUUUAACGCAUUUGUUUUGUU